CUUCAACGGAUGCCAAACAUUUGCCAACUUUACAAUCGUCGUCAUCAACGCCCUCGCUAUCGUCGCUUCAUUCGAACACAACACAAAUCGGAGGUGGUGGUACUGCUGCAGCUUACCCCGGCACUCCAACCCAUUCCACGGAAACCCAAUCAACCGUUAUAAUUUCAUUUAAAUCAUCCCAAACACCUGUUCUAUCUCAAACACCGCUACCAGGUGUCAAUGCACCGCCCACGCCCCCCGACGAAACCUUUUCCCACGAAUUGCCACUGAACAAUAACGAUAAUGCCGAGCCAACAAUGCCACCGACAGUGUCUCUAUCGAGUAGCAUUAUUGGGGCAACAAGCCAAAUGGGAUCGCCUCUACCGCCGUGCACACCACGCAACAAUGUCCUCAAGAAAGUGGCCUCGUUUACGGCGGAAAAGGCUGCGGCUGGCAGUGCCAGUAAAAUCAAUAAUGGCGAUAGCUGUUGCGGCAUGGCGGGUCCAUACGAAAGUAACGGCUUGAGACGUUCAUCAUUUGUGCCCGAGAAGUUAAGCUUCGCUGCAUAUGAAAAGUUUGAAGGUCAAAUGCUCAUGAAAUGGUUCAUAUCAUCACUGCAGAACAAUGGCAAUGGCCAUCUCAGCGAACAGGACAUCAACACACUGACACUGCAGUAUUGCAACAAUUUAAUCAAUGUGGGCGUGCUCAAGCAAAUAUCGGAGCGGCGGGAUGCCGAUUUGGAUGCAUUCAGUCCCUUUCACAUGUACCAAUGGACUCACACCGAAGCUCCAACAACUUCCCAACCACACACUCCAGGGAAACUGGAUAAGGUCAGCGUUUGGCCAUACUGUAGCACACCAGCUGGCAUAACUCGCGUGCCGAAGAGCAUACAAGUCGAUACACCACAACCUGAAAGAGAAAUCGGGUUUCAACAGCUCCUCAGAAAGAGGCUAUUGAGUUGCUCGACAAUAGCCGAAGUUCAUGUCGUCGUUAAUGAUCUCCUGGCAGCGGGUGAACCGCUGAGAAAACCCUCAAAACGGUGCAUUCAACUCACGGAACUACUAAAUGCCAGCGAAACAACCGUCUAUCAAUACGACAAGAAUGUGAAUGUUAGCGAAGGUAGUUCGGGCAUAGAAAUUGGCAGUUUACAGGAAGUUGGUGUACAAACUGAUGACGGUGAAGAAAAUGGCCAAUUUGUAUGUAGUAAAUGUAAAAGGGAUACGAGGGAAGAUGAUUUAACAUGUGAAAAAGAAAUUCAAGUUUCUCUGGAAGAAAUUGAAAAGGCGAAUAGUAAAACAGAAUCUGGCAGUUCGUCAAUGGUACCGCCACCUCCUCCGCCACCACCAUCAAUUCCUAUGUCUCCAUCCACACCGGCUCCGCCUCCACCACCUCCGCCGCCUGGUACAUCUUUACCACCCCCUCCUCCACCACCUCCUUCAGGGCCUGGCCUACCACCUCCGCCACCACCUCCUGCUCCUCCUUGCCUUAAUUCAACUAUUCCUAACGCAAAUAAUCACAACACCUCAGCCGGUGGAACUCCUCCACCACCACCGCCCGGUCCACCCAAAACUCCAUCAACACCCGCUCCACUACCCAACCCUACCGAAGGAGGCUGGUUCAAUCAAGCAAACACGCUACGAAAGACUGCCGUUAAUCCACCCAAACCCAUGAAACCUCUCUACUGGACUCGUAUUGUGACGCAACCGCCACCGCCCAAACCGGCUCUGCCUUUUUCAGGUUCUGGCUCAGAUGAGGCAGAUUCCAGCCCAUCCAGUUCCCCCGAUGAUCCACCGGUCGCUCCCAAUAAGCCCCAGUCAACGAAAGAGAUCUGGCAGGAAAUCGAUGAAACAAGUCUGGAUAAUAUCGACGAAUUCACCGAGCUAUUUUCACGUGAAGCUGUUGUGCCGGUAAGCAAGCCGAAAGUUAAGACUGAAGUACGUGUGAGACACACAAAGGUGCUGGACAGUAAGAGAUCUCAAAAUGUGGGCAUCAUAUCGCGCAGUUCCCAUGUUGACUUUUGCGAAAUUGAGCAUGCCAUCUAUCACGUGGAUACCUCAGUUGUGAGCCUGGAAACAUUGCAGCAAAUUAUGAACAUAAAGGCCACAAAUGAAGAAUUGGAGCUAAUAAAGGAGGCAGCGCAAAGUGAUAUCCCCCUAGAUUAUCCCGAACAAUUUCUGCUGAAAAUCUCACAAAUAUCCAUGUCAACCGAACGUAUAUCCUGCAUAGUGUUUAUGGCUGAGUUUGAGGAAUGUGCCACUCUCAUUGAACGGAAACUGGAAGUUGUUUUGCAUUUAUCGCAAUUCCUAAUGGAAAGUGAAGAAUUGAAAUUGCUCUUCGCCAUCAUCUUAACGCUGGGCAAUUAUAUGAAUGGCGGCAAUCGCCAACGAGGACAGGCUGAUGGUUUCACUUUGGAAAUUUUAGGCAAACUGAAAGAUGUCAAAUCAAAAGAGUCCCAUACCACGUUAUUGCAUUUCAUUGUGCGGACCUAUAUCAGUCGCAAACGGAAGGAAGGUGUACAGCUGUUGGAGAUCCCAUUACCCAUUCCAGAACCAUCGGAUGUGGAGCGCGCUAGUCAGGUAGACUUUGAUGAGGUUAAAAGGCAGAUAUCCGAAUUGAAUCGACAACUUAAAUCGACUAAAGCCAUUACCGAAAAAGUCAUCUCAAAUUCUACGCCCCAAAAUAUGGAACCAUUCAAAUCGAAAAUGGAAGAAUUCAUUGAACAUGCAACAAAAGUCGUCGAAAAGCUGUACAAGGAACUCGACGAUUGUCGUGAUAUAUUUGUGGAAACUAUGAAAUUCUAUCAUUAUGCACCGAAAACUGGCACAAUCGAAUCGUGUACGCCCAAAACAUUUUUUGAAAAUUGGACCAAUUUUACAAACGAUUUUAAGGAUAUAAUGAAGAAGGAAAUUGCUAUAUUAUGGAAUGAAUUAUUGAAGAAAUCCAAGGAUGUACAAUCGCGCAAAACUGUCAAAACUACAAAAGUGAAACCCGGAGGCCUCAAGGAGCGUAUAUUACGUCUCAACAAAAAAUAGACGAAGCUGUUGAUGUUAUUUUCCU